AGGGAAUUAACUGUGUCCAACGCACAUGGAAGGCAUAGAAAAUACUAUUGGUUUUCUUUUAACACUUGAGAUCUUUUUCAAUGUUGGCUGCACGCCAUCAUAAUUUGUAUCGUUGGAACCGGUAUAGUAGGAUUGUUUGUAAACCGUAAGGAAGUUGUGUGGAACUAAGUUCGUAAUUGUGAGGUGCGUUGGAAUGAAUUAUUACACAGAUUAUCAGGGCUUUAUGCCGCCCGCAGCUAAUGGUAUACAGUCGACAGGUACGGCUGGAAUACCGGGCCGGGAUGAUGACAGAAAGUUGUUUAUCGGCGGGCUUCCGAGACAGAUUACAGAGAACGAGAUUAAAAAUUAUUUCAGUUUGUUUGGAGACGUUGACAGCGUUACGAUUAAAAUUGACCCUUUCACGGGACAGUCAAGAGGCUUUGCCUUCAUAGUAUUUGUAGAUCCGAAAACUAUUGACCAGUUGCUGUCGUCUGAACACUAUAUAAACAGCAAGAAAGUAGAUCUCAAGCGAAUCAUAAAAAAGUCGCAGCAUGGCAAAAUAUUCGUUGGUGGCUUGACUGCUGACAUAACAGACAACGACAUUAAGUCUUAUUUCUCGCAAUAUGGUACUGUAGUCGAUGUGCAAACUCCGUAUGACAAAGCUAGAAAUCAGAGAAAAGGCUUUUGCUUCGUAACUUUCGACUCGAAAAAUGUAGUUCGUGAGCUGUUGAAGACACCCAAACAAUUCAUCAAAGGAAAGGAAGUAGACGUCAAAAAGGUCAAGGUGAAUCAAGAAGGUACUGUCACUGCAGCUGGUGGUAGAGUUUUUCCUGGAAAUUGGGUGAACCAAGGCUAUGGAACUUACGUUGGCUCAUAUCCGCAAGAUUUUGGAACUAAUUAUAGUAGUACAACCUAUGAAGGCUAUGACUACUCGACGGAUUACACAACAGCUUAUGAAUACCCAGGAGGAUAUGUGUAUGAUGGUUUCAGUGGAGUCCAAGGCACGUACUCAACAGCUGGGAAACCAAGAGUAGGUGCUCGUCAGCUACAGAGACCUCAGCCGUACUAGUACCUGUAAACAUGUAUGUUUCCUCCACUGUUUGAUUAUCAACCUACUAUAACUCUUAAAAUCACUGUGUGUUGGGUAUUUGUGUAUCACAGUUUUUUCCCUUUUGUUAUGCUGUAAAAAGUAAAUCAUUGUUAAUUGGGAAACCUGAAUUGAGACUUAAGUUUUGCGUCAUGUUAACUGCAAGUUUUGCCAUGUGCCCAUAAAUUAUGCCCCAAUCCUGUAUCUUCAGCAUCAGUGAAGCCACAUUUCAGUAUUUCCAUACUUUUAUAGUCAUUGGGUUUGAAACGAGUGAUCAGAAACAUAUCACAUUUAAUAAGUUAUGGUGGUAGAACAUCAUUGGUGCUGCCUUCAGGCUGUGAUGUUUCUGUGACUUAAAAUUUAAUUUAUGUUAGUCUGUUAAAUAAGCUUCAUGUAUUGAGUUGGUGACUUAUCUGUGGUGAAAGCUAAUCUUAAAGUCCAUGGUAUUUUCAUUACCCUUGUGCUGUGGCACAUAGUUUCUUCUGGAAGAAUGUACUAAUUCAUAUCCUUACAGAGAGAGUGUGUGUGUGUGUGUGUGUGUGUGUGUGUGUGUGAGAGAGAGAGAGAGAGAGAGAGAGAGAGAGAGAGAGAGAGAUACAAACAGCAUAUUUGUACAACAGAAGUAAGAUUGCUAUAUAAAAUGCAGACAUCAGAACAACUUUCCCAGAAACUAAAUGCUGUUUAUAAUAUAAUUUGUGCUUUUGCUAAUUCACACAAAUUUAAGAUGUGGUUUUCAUACUGUUUCUUACAUUUUUAAGGCAAAAGAGACUCUGUGUGUGUGUGUGUGUGUGUGUGUGUGUCUGUGUGUGUGUGUGUGUGUGUGUGUGUGUGUGUGAUAUGUAUAUAUACAUACAUACAUAAUGUUGUAGAAUAAAUUUCCAUGUCAUUACUGUGUGAUCUACAUGUAAUUUCAAUUAGUGUGUGCCCUAUAUAUUUUGUUUUGCAACAAUUGUUGUUUCAUUGCUAGUUUCUUUCUGUUAGCAUGCUGUACACUGUGUUACAAGGUCAGCAUAUGCAAUGUGUGACACUUUUUAUAUCGCAGCUUUCAUAUUGAUGUACAGUUUUUCUAUUGAUCAUGUUUUUUUAGUGGCUAGAAAUAUAUCUAUGCAUUAUUGUGCAUGGUUGAUCAAUGCAAACUUCAAUUUGAUACUAAGUUUACAUAUACUAAAUUAAGAGAAUCUGAUUUUUUAGGUAUUUGUAUGAGAUAUGUUAAAAAUAGGAACGAGGGUCAUGUACUGGUUUUAAUUAUUAAUAUUAAUAGACCCUAGGAUUGAAGAAAGGAGGAAAAAACACAGGAAUCACUCCCAGAUGGCAUAACAUGCAGUUGCAGAACAUUAAUGUUCGUGUACUGAAAGUCCAUGAGCUAUGUCUUCAGUUAAUGUAUUUAUAAAGAUUAUUUUCCCUUUCUGUUACUUUGUUAUUUUGGAAAUACAUGAACCUUACUCAAGAACUAGCGCCAAAUCUGUAUUUUUGUUAAUUGUCAUUAAACAGCUUCUAAAUAUA